AUGACAUUCUUGCAUCGUGUCGGACCUCGUCUCUUCUUCGGCGGUGGUUGGGAUGAUUUUGAAGUUGAAGCUUCGGUGGAAGCCAUAAUAUCACAACAUCCAGAAGUAUCUAGUGUAGUUGUUGUUGGACUUCCAGACACUCGAUUUACGGAGAUGAGAACAGUUUCAAAUGUUGCAAAAGAAAUGAUAGAUGAAGCAAUUGCAGAGAAGCUUGACAUAAAAAGCCUCACUUCUAAUUCAAACACAUUGCGCAUAGAAGAUUUGGGAUGUUUAGUUGGGCCAAAUACCUUCAUUGCCAUGCAAAGUGUGCUUGACGCCAUGGAAAGGAAAUAUCUUUCUCAAGGACUUGCUUCUAAAGUGCCUGAAUUCGAUGUUUUCUUCAACAAUCAUGCUACCAAUGAUUUCAAUACCCUUUUUGCCUCCCUCCCUCAUGAUAGGCAAUACUUUGCUGCUGGAGUGCCUGGUUCUUUCUAUGGCCAUUUAUUCCCCGAGUUCUCUCUCCAUUUUGUGUAUUCCUCUUGUGCACUCCAUUGGCUCUCUAAGUUGCCUGAAGAGUUGCUGGAUAAGAACUCAGAGGCAUGGAACAAUGGAAGAAUUCACUACACAAGUGCCUCAGAGGAAGUAGGUAAUGAUUUUGCAGCUCAAUUUAUAAAAGACAUGAACAUCUUUCUAAGUGCCAGAGCUAAAGAGAUUGUAGCUGGAGGGAUGAUAGUACUGAUCCUGCCAGGUUGUCUGGAUGAUAUCCAUUAUUCUCAGCUCUCAAUAGGCCUGUCGUUUGACUUCAUUGGGUAUAGACUCAUGGAUAUGGUGAAUGAGUGUUGGCACAAAGUACAAGUAGUGAUUUUGAAGAGAAAUAAAGUCCAUGAAACAUAUAGUGCCUCUGAGAUAAUCAAGAAUGAAAAAUACUACUGCAAAAAGAGUAGAUCACGGUGCACCCAUGAACUGACUAACGAUGUGGACAGCAUGAGAGAUGUCUGGAUGAGUGAUAAUGAGAUAUACUAA